UGCGCCCUUCACCUCACCAGCUAGUAUAAAAGCUGACAACUAGAUGAGCAAAAGUAUCAGUUGUUCAAACAAUCAGUCAGUCAAAUCAACAUGAAGCUGUUCAUCGUCGUCGCCCUUAUCGCCGCUGCAGCUGCAGCUCCGUCCAGCUACCCCUCGUACGAAAAGAAGUACGAGAAGGACUACAAAUACCCCGAGAUCACCGUCGUCAGCCAAUCUGAUGAGCGCAAUCUCGAUGGCAGCAGCCAGUGGAACUACGCCCAAUCCGACUACGCCACCCGUGCCGAAUCCCAGGCCCAGAAGAAAUUCACCGUCACCACCGUCGAUGAUUACGGCAAAGAAACCAAAGAGGAAGUCUACGGAAACACCAACCAAGGAUCCUCCUACUGGGUUUCCCCUGAAGGCGAGAAAUUCACUUUGACCUGGGUCGCCGAUGAUGCCGGAUUCCAGCCCAAGGGUGAUCACUUGCCCGUUGCCCCCGUCCAUGUCUACGAGCUCCCAGUUGCUCCCGUCCAUGAAUACGAACUCCCAGUUGCCCCAGUCCACGAAUACGAACUCCCCGUUGCCCCAGUCCACAUUCCAUUCAACGGAAAGGGAUACAAGAUCUAUUAAAUCACCACGAUUCGAUUGAUUCAAGCAGCAAUGGUUGACCCUUCACUCUAUUUCAAUGAUAUUUAAAAUAUUUUGUGUACAUAUUUAACAAAUAAAAUAAAUGCAGAUUA